AUGUGGCUCAUAUGCGUGGACGCGUACUCACAGUUCCCAUUUGUCAUCCAAAUGUCGUCUACAACAACCGCCAACACGAUCGCUGCACUUUCUUCGAUUUUCGGCAUCGAAGGAUACCCGAACACCAUGGUUAGCGACAACGGUCCACAGCUUACAGCUGACGCCUUCGAAGAAUUCUGCAAACUGCACGGUACAAAGCAUAUUACCACAGCACCGUUUCAUCCAGCAUCCAACGGAUUAGCAGAGCGAUUUGUACAGACAUUUGAAUUCGCAGUCAAGAAGAACCUCAAAGACGGUAUACCACUUAGGGAAGCUUUGUUCAGCAAUCUGAUCCUGUUCCUGUUUCUCGUCCUCCUGAACGCGCAGCAGAGCCUACCCAGCAGCCGAGGCAGAACCAAUCUACACGACGUCUUUCAGGCAUACCAGUACGCCAAAGCAGCCGUGUUCGCCAGGAAGUCGAUCGUUUUAAGCCAAAGGACUUCAGAAAAACUAAGCAUAUAA